AUGGCCGAGAAUAAUUCUCCCCCUAUGUACACCGACACGCCGUUGGCCAUAAUUCCAACGCCAAAGUUUCAAACUGGCAAUAGGCUUCCCCCAUGGCCCUCAGCCACAACGCGUUCAUCCGCGGCUUCAACAGCAUCUACCAACAGGCCCCUCGUCUCCAGAAGGCUACCGACAAGUGACUUUGUCGGCUAUUGCCAGGCUUGGAUUGAAUGCGUCAAGACCCAUCACCACUAUGAAGAGACAGAGUUGUUCCCUAACAUCAACAAGGCGGCUGGCACGACUGGAUUGACGGAGGAUGCUGUGCAAGAGCAUGGGUUGUUUUAUGCGGGGAUGGAUCGCAUGAAGGCUUAUCUCGAUGAAAAAAGCGCUGAGUUCUCCGCCGCUGAGCUGAUUGCUAUUCUGGAGUCGUUUAAGGAGCCGCUGCACAAUCAUCUGAAGGCCGAGCCACCUGCCAUUGUGGAUUUGGCGAGGUAUAGCACGGAGCAGAACCCUAUAGACAUCGUAGCUAUCGCCGCCGCUGCUGGCAAGAAACAAAUUAACUUUGGCUUCUUCCUACACACGGUCCCUGUCAUCUUCUUGAAUAUGGAAACGGCCACUUUCGAAGGUGGCAUGUGGCACGGAGUUUUCCCGCCUCUUAAGGGUUUGGCUAGAACCUCGGUGAACAAUGUUGUGCCAAUGUGGCACUCCAGUAGAUGGCGCCUUGCCAGCUGCACUCCGGAGGGAGAAUACAAACAGCUGGCUGUUUAA